ACGUCCCCUCGUUAAUUUAGUCUCUUUGUCACCUUGGUGACCGCUACGCCCGCCCAAUGAUGCUUCGCGCUCUUAGCUUUCCGCGUUCUCCUUCUCGCUGGGCGCGGGCCCAGACACUCCGAUGUUGCCUCACCAGCCCAGCCCGGGAAAGAAGGGGUCUCGCCAACCACGCCACGAUGCCAGUGCCUCUGUCCUAUGCCAUUUUUGAUGGACCCUCGCCAGAUCCUCCACUUGUUUUCCUGCAUGGGCUGUUCGGAAGCAAAUCCAAUUUUUCAUCCCUUGCCAAAAAGUUGGUGCUCCAGACUGGUCGCAAGGUGCUGACAGUAGAUGCCCGCAACCAUGGGGAUAGUUCCCACAGCCCCAUCAUGACUUAUGAAGCAAUGAGUGCUGACAUCCAUCUCUUUCUGCACCAGCUGCAUCUCAGUAGGUGUGUCUUAAUUGGCCACAGCAUGGGCGGCAAGACAGCCAUGGUAUUCACACUACAAUGGCCAGAGCUGGUGGAGCGCUUAGUGUGUGUUGACAUCAGUCCUAGCCAAACCAAAGAUGUCAGUGGCUUUCAGGAUUUCAUCGCUGCCAUGAGAGCAGUGGAUAUCCCUAGAGGUAUUCCUCGUUCCACUGCUCGCCGACUGGCCGAAGAACAGCUGCGCCUAACUAUUCAGGAGCCAACCAUUCUCUACUUUCUACUCACCAAUCUAGUGAAUGCUGAGGACCAGUUUGUAUGGCGUGUGAAUCUAGAGGCCAUUUCACAGCAUCUGAACGAACUCAUGAGUUUUCCUGCCUUCCAGACUUCUUAUCUAGGGCCUGCUCUCUUUCUCGGGGGUUCCAAAUCUGGCUAUAUUAGCUCCCGUAACUACCCUGAGAUCAAACGGCUCUUCCCUGAUGCUGAAAUCCAGCAUGUUCCUGAUGCAGGGCACUGGGUUCAUGCGGAUCAACCCCAAGAAUUCAUCACUGCCAUUUCCAACUUCCUUGCACUCCAUCUGAUCUAGGAUUUCUCAACAGAUCCUCACAAACUAUCCUCUCAAGAUUGGAAGAGUAGGAGUUUUCUCAUUGAUCUGAAUGCAUUUUGCUGAAUGGUCAAUUGGAUAAUUACUCUUCUCCAGCUGGUCUUUCACCAUUUCUAUAGUCCCUGUUAUUAUUCUCCUGGAAGUCCUGAAUCCUUGAUAAGAAUUAGCAAUCAGAACCCUGCAGUGGCUGGAAUGUCACCUACUCCACGUAUCUCCUUUGUACAGUAUUUAAUAUUAAAUAAAAUAGUGUUUGGUUUUAGUUUUAAAUAA